CCCCCCGUUGAGGAAGUGAGUUCCGCUGACAGGGCUGGGCUGUGAGGAGAAAGCUGUUAGCAUCCGCUCGGCACGGCUAAAAACACGGUGCAGCGCCGACACACCCGAACCGAGCCGAACCAGCAGACAGCCUCCGAGACGAGCGCGUAGACACACCCGGAACCGCGUGUUUAUCCUCCCGAGACCAUCGCAAACAUGAAUGACCAGCAGUUAGACUGUGCUCUGGACCUGAUGAGGCGUCUCCCUCCACAGCAGAUUGAGAAGAAUCUCAGUGACCUCAUCGAUCUGGUGCCCAGUCUGUGUGAGGAUCUGCUCUCGUCUGUGGAUCAGCCUCUGAAAAUCGCCCGGGACAAAGUGGUUGGGAAAGACUACCUGCUCUGUGAUUAUAACCGUGAUGGCGACUCCUACAGAUCCCCGUGGAGUAAUAAGUAUGAGCCCCCUAUCGAUGAUGGUGCGAUGCCCUCGGCCCGUCUGAGGAAGCUGGAGGUGGAGGCCAACAACGCCUUCGACCAGUACAGAGACCUGUAUUUUGAGGGCGGCGUGUCCUCCGUGUACCUGUGGGACCUGGAUCACGGUUUCGCCGGAGUCAUCCUCAUUAAGAAGGCAGGAGACGGCUCCAAAAAAAUCAAGGGCUGCUGGGACUCCAUCCAUGUGGUGGAGGUGCAGGAGAAGUCAAGUGGUCGCACCGCUCACUAUAAACUCACCUCCACCGUGAUGCUGUGGCUGCAGACGACUAAAACCGGCUCCGGAACCAUGAACCUGGGGGGAAGCCUCACCCGACAGAUGGAGAAAGAUGAGACGGUCAGUGAGUCCUCACCGCACAUCGCCAACAUCGGACGCCUGGUUGAGGACAUGGAGAAUAAGAUCCGUUCCACCCUGAAUGAAAUCUACUUUGGCAAAACCAAGGACAUCGUCAACGGCCUGAGAUCUAUCGAGUCUCUCCCUGAUAAUCAGAAGUACAGGCAGCUGCAGCGAGAGCUCUCUCAGGUUCUCACUCAGCGCCAGAUCUUCAUAGAGUAGGGCUGGAGGAGCGUGCAGACACUGGCGGCAGUUCGAGCCAAGCAGGAGGCUCUGAGGACCGAUCUGAUCGACGCGCUCAACAAACGCAAACAGCAAAGCUAGAGACACUCUCUCUCUCUCUC